CACACACACACACACUCACACGCCAGCGAGCCGCUGGCCGCUCAAUGGACCGAUUUCCCCGGGUUCCCUGAUCCCAGUCCACCCGGGAUGAGAAAUUGCAAAAUGGCCCGGGUCGCCAGUGUGUUGGGGCUGGUCAUGCUCAGCGUCGCCCUCCUGAUUUUAUCGCUCAUCAGCUACGUGUCCCUGAAAAAGGAGAACAUCUUCACCACUCCCAAGUACGCCAACCCGGGGGCGCCCCGAAUGUACAUGUUCCACGCGGGAUUCCGGUCACAGUUUGCGCUGAAGUUUCUAGACCCGUCGUUUGUGCCCAUUACGAAUUCUCUCACCCAGGAACUCCACGAGAAACCCUCUAAGUGGACAUUUAAUCGGACAGCGUUUUUACAUCAAAGGCAAGAAAUUCUUCAGCAUGUCGAUGUAAUAAAAAAUUUUUCUUUGACCAAGAAUAGUGUUCGGAUUGGACAACUGAUGCACUAUGAUUAUUCCAGCCAUAAAUAUGUUUUCUCUAUUAGCAAUAACUUCAGAUCGCUGCUUCCAGAUGUAUCGCCCAUUAUGAAUAAGCAUUACAAUAUCUGUGCUGUGGUUGGAAAUAGUGGGAUCCUGACAGGGAGCCAGUGUGGACAAGAAAUAGAUAAAUCAGAUUUUGUUUUUCGUUGCAAUUUUGCCCCUACGGAGGCUUUCCAAAGAGAUGUUGGAAGGAAAACCAACCUUACCACCUUCAACCCCAGCAUUCUGGAAAAAUACUACAACAAUCUUUUGACCAUUCAGGACCGUAACAAUUUUUUCCUCAGUUUAAAAAAGCUUGAUGGGGCCAUUCUUUGGAUCCCUGCAUUUUUCUUCCAUACUUCAGCAACUGUUACCAGAACGUUAGUUGACUUUUUUGUUGAACACAGAGGUCAGUUAAAAGUCCAAUUGGCGUGGCCUGGAAAUAUAAUGCAACAUGUCAACAGGUACUGGAAAAACAAACAUUUGUCACCCAAACGGCUGAGCACGGGUAUUCUUAUGUACACCCUUGCAUCAGCAAUAUGUGAAGAGAUCCACUUGUAUGGAUUUUGGCCUUUUGGAUUUGACCCCAACACAAGGGAAGAUCUUCCAUACCAUUACUAUGACAAAAAAGGAACCAAAUUUACCACCAAGUGGCAGGAGUCCCACCAACUGCCUGCUGAGUUUCAGCUGCUAUAUCGAAUGCAUGGGGAAGGGCUCACCAAACUGACUCUGUCACACUGUGCCUAAGAACUCUGAAUGGAAAGUGCCAAAUGGCUGUUUAAAAAAGUGCCCCAAAUCAAAUUGAAUAGUCUUCUGAAUAGAACCCCAGAGACUGUCUUAUAAGGCUUGUCUGCCACUUAAAUGGAAAGAUGUCUUCUUCUUUUGCACUGCUCUUUGAAUGGUCUUAGCUGAUUUUUGCAGGACAGGUGCACUGAAACUAUGUGAUUUGAACUUGACUGAUGAAGGGAACGUUGCAUUUGGAAGUAUGCUGCUAACAAAACGGUUUGACAUAUUUCCAUGUUUGUAUUUUAAUAAUGAACUACUCCUGUGUCAGCCGGGACAAAAGCUAUAGUUUUCUAUAGCUCUGCUUCAGUAUAGUCCUCAUAAUCAGAGGUCUCUGGCCAGUUGGGGCAGAAUCUGCUUAGCCAGUGGGAUCAAACUCUUCAAAAUGGAAACAAGAAAAAAUGGUUUGCACCCCUCCUCUUUUCUCCUGCCCCCUUCCUUUCUCUUUCUUUCUAUCAUGCCUUUUCCUCUCCAUGCAACCAUAUCCCUUGCCCCAUCACCAUGGAGUUUAAUAUUUGCUAGGAAUUUUAUUGAAUUAGCUUUGCUUGUAUGUUUGCCUCUGUACUUGAUGUGUUCAAGGCUGUAGGUCACUUUGAUAUUUCAUGAUAAACUGAGCAAAUCAUGAUGAAUCCCCACAUGAUUAAUUUUGUAAGAAAUGCCUCUUAUAAAGUCUUCACUUGUCCAUAUGGUCAUUCAACAGCAGGGCAGUCCCUCUGGGAUGAGCAGAAUACAAUGCAGUGUGGUGUCUUUCACCAUCUUAAAGAAAGCCUGUGGCAUGGGUGGCACUGCAUGUCUUGACAUGAGUACAAUUACGGCAGACAAUAGCACUGGCCUCAACCACAAGGGCCUUCCAGCCUGCCUCCGACAGUCCCAGUUCAAGCAUUGGGCUGGGCAUCCUCUCAGAAUAUGGAGGCAAUGAGUUAGGUGACUAGCCUGAGACACAUACAGGAAAAUAAAGAAGAUUGAAGCAUAAUUAUAGAAUCCCAUACACUGCAGAACUGUAACCAUGUUAUAUGAUCAGAGCCUUGGAGAACCACCAGGGUUGGAGUAGAAGAGAAAGCCUGAAGUUGGCCAGGCUCCCACCAUGUGAAUAAUGCUGGAGUGAGGUUGUCUCAGUAUGGUGCCCGCCACCAUCAAUCCAGAACUGUUUGUUCAUUUUGAGACAGUUUUAAACACUAGAUAUUCCCUAUUUCCACUGAAAUCAGAUCUAUAUUCCUACAAAUUAAGUAUUUACAAAAGGAAAAGCCAUUGAACAAGUCUUGAUACUAAAUAGCCCUUGAAAUGUAAGAAUAUGUAGACCUGUCAUGAAGGAGUUAGCUAGCCAUUCUCCUUUUCAUUUCUUCAGCCUUAGAAGUAGAAAUCACAUCACUCCCACCCUUAGCUUUUUACUGAGCAGCCCUUUGUUCUUCCAGUUCAGCCCAAAGUCUGGCCAAGUUGAUGUUAAAUUUUAAUAAGAGUUUCUUUUCUGUUUCCAAAUGCCAGUCAAACACAUUUGUUUUAUGUUUCAGUGGGAUAGCUCAUUGUUUUCCAGAAACUUCAUCUAAACUGCUUGAAUGUGACAAAUAUGGUUAAAACUAACUGCUGUUGCUCACUCAUCAGCACAUUACCCCUCUUUGAAAAGGUAUAAUCAUGCCUAAAAUUAAAUGAAAUACAAUAAGCAAAGACAGUCAUGUUCUGCCUGGUCCUAAAGAUGUAUUGUUCUUUUCAAGAGGAUAAUCAGAGUGGCUUUCAUAGAUCCAGGUAUUAACUAGUGAAAGAAAAACCGCUCAGGUCAGCACAGAUGCUGACACAUCUUACAAUGCCAAGUGAAUGUCAGUUAUCCCAAUAGAUGUGAAAAAUAGGAAUAGACAUUUCAACAUAGGAAAUAAAAACCAACUCUACAUCUAAAAUAACUAUAAGGCAAGAUAUAAAAACAUUUUAAAAUUCAAUGGUACAACUUUAUGGACAUCAAAAUAUAACAUGUUUCUUCCUUAGCUGUCACUUUAAAGAGGUUGAAAGAGGCCAAUGAAGCUGUACUACCAUUCUCACUAUGCUUGGUUAAGAUCACUGUGAGAUUGAUAAAUAACAGAAGUAUGUAGCCAGCUGUCCCUAAACACUUAGUUCAUUUGGUUAUAGCUAAGUGAUACUAAUGCCAGUAUUACCCAGGCCAGGUACUGAUUCUGGGGUUUUAGUCUAAUGUGCCCAGUAAUUUUUACUAAAUACAGAUGCAUAGACACUUUGAUCUAAGAGAUCAAAGGCAUAAAGGACCAGAAUCCCAAAAACCAGUUAAUUGUUUCAAAGUGAACUAUUUAAAUUUGAAUCUCAUCACAGUGCCAUGGUUUUUGUUUUUUUAAGUUCAGGAAGAUUUUUUAAAAAAUCUUAAUGUACACUUGCUCUAUCUUUACCUUAGAAUGAGAACACUUUCCCACCCCACCCCCUACUGUCAUCUGAACUAUAAUAAGAGGAACUCAAAAUAGUGGGGAAAUAGACUUUUCUCUAGAACUAGAAGGGCUUAGAGAUCAGCUCCUCCCUACUUUCAGGCAGAAUUUCUUGGUGCUGAUCCCAAAAGACCACCAUUCUUUUUGUUAAAACAUUUUCUGAAGAAAAUUCCAAGCUCUCCUGAACUUCUUUCACAGCCUAGAUCCCUUUAUUGCAAAAUACAUGAAAUUUGUUAGUAAAGCAUUUAUCCCAUUUUAACGCACAUAAUAGGUGCUCAACAGGGGCAGCUAUUACUAUUAGAGUAUUUUCAUUGUUGAUUAUGAUCAUACCUACAGUUCCAGCAUGGGAAAAAACAGCUGCUAGCUAAUCAUACAAGAUCCCCUUUGUUGUUAAAGAUUGGUUCAGAGAUUAAAGCUAUAUGACCACCAUCAUGAUCAAAAGAUUCGGUGGGUCCCACGUGUCCUGAUCAGAAGGCAGUGGUGUCAGUAACCAGAGUUUCCUGGCUCUCCCAUGUCUCCCAGGCUUUACUCAGCUAGAGAAACACACCCCUGGCUUUGCAUUGCCCUUACUUUGGGGGUUCUAGGCUAAAUGCAUACUUUUGUCAGAAACUUUCCCCUUUGUAAAUAUUUCUAGCAGGGCUACCUCCAGCUACAGGAAUAAAUUUCACUAUCAAUCCCCCAAGGCUAUCUGCACAUGACAUCACCGCAAAUGACCUAUUAAGUUGCAGAGGAGAAAGAAAUCCUCAAACAUUUGGCUACCUGCUUAAUUAAUACUAGACCCACAAAUUAGACCCACUGAUUUCACCAGUUAGUUGUUCUGGGUCAUGUGCAAACAUGUAGAUCCUGGGGAGACAGGAUUAAAAGGUGAUCUUGAGAAUUCUUCCUCCCAUGCCUAUAUUUGAUGAUUAAAACAUAUGUGGUUCCUCCACCAUGUGUCUGUGUCUUAGAUAUCCUUGACCAUAAUUAUAGAAGUGUGUUUAACAGCAGUGUGUGCCCAUCAGUGCUGGUUGUAAUUACUGUGCCAUCUAUCUGUGACCUUGAUGCCAGAGACCUGACCAUGGGGCUCCCAGCAAGGACACCCCCACCUUAAGAACUUUCCCUCCCAGUGCACAGGCCGCCACCUAGCCAUGAAUGUGAGUGCUACUUGGUAGGGAAGUUGAGGAAUGAAGAACAUAUCUUCUAACUUUGGUCAAGGCACUAAGUGCUAAACAUUCUCAGGCAGUAAUGCAUUGUUGUCCUGAGGCCUGUGGAAAAAGGAGCAUCGUCAAGUACUAGGACACUGGAAAGGGAAGUCUUUGAAUUUCUCCAGUCCUAAUUAUUGGCACAAAUGAGAAAAUGGACAUACAAAGAGGACAAAUGAUUUUGUCCUACUGCAGGGUAAUUAGUGAGAAAUUCUGACUCUUCAUCUUGGCUUUGUCAGUAUCAAAUGAAGGGAAAGAGAUUUUGGUCUGGGGUCCUUUGGGCACGAAAAGGAUUGUGAAAGGCAAAAGGAAGAAAAGAAAAAUAUUUCUCAACACAAAACAAUAAAGAUGCUUGAAUAGAUAUAUAACAGUCCACUGAUAAUGACCCAUGUUUUCCCCAGAAAUGAAGGAAAACCCUCUUCGUAAACCAUUUGAUAAAUCAAUAUAGUUAUUGAUGGUUCACAGUUGACAAAAAUAUUAUCCAGUAAUCUAUCUUAAUAAAAUUUUGUUUUACUAAUAUGUAUGCAUAAUUUAGAAGUUGAAGGCUAAAAAUAGUUAUAUACUUUUCCUUGUGUGUAGUUUUCAGCAGGAGUCCCUUGAGUUAAGAAAUCCUUUCCAUAUUAUGCAUAUUUUUAAUGGCAUACUUUACUAUAUUUAGUUCAACAUGCUAAGAAGAUGUACAAAUAAUAAUCACUUUGGUGGGUCUUCCUUUCUUCAAAAAUGACAAUUUCCUCUAUAACUUUAGAUUUUAAAUCCUUUUUUUAUAUAAUUGUGCACAGAAGGCAAAGGUUUGUGCUUAGUUUCUACUCCUUCCUGAAUGUGUACAGUGGAAGUUUUGUUUCUGAACAGAAUUGGGCUUGUGUACAUGUUGUUGAAGAGUCCCAAUAGAACAUCCCAGGAUCUGAGGAUCAGGGCACCUUGGCUGGCUGUUUGACCUGUCUGGAUUCUGUGGCCCAAUAAAUCAAAGCCACAAGGGAGUUGAUGCCAAGGACCAAAAUAACUAAUUAUGUCUCCCUCGCAUUCUGACUGCUUUGGCACCUAAAUAUAACAUUUGAAAUAGGGAAUAUCUUAGAAUGUCACAAUUGAAGUAGGGAGUACUUCUGAACAUUUAUUUUUAUUGUGAUGACUUAUUGAAAACAUAUAUUUAAAUAGAUGCUUUAUAUUCUAUGAAGCUCAUUCUCUUAUUGUUUACAGUGGAAUUACAGUGAAAAGUCUAUUGUGGACUAACUGACUCCAACUUAAGAUUACAAUUAGGUUCUGGGUGAGGACCUGAUUUAUGCCACUAAUUCAUCAGCAAAAAAAAAAAAAGUAUGAAAUUAGGACUCUUUAAAAUAUAAUUCUUUAUCCUCCCUCCAAAGCUUUACCUUAACAAUGUCUUGGGAUAAACCAGUUUACAAAGAUUCAUAGAUGAUUCUUUUGUUUCCAGCACUAGGAAACCAGUAAUAUUAAUAUAUAGCAUAGUCAAACACCAUUCUGACCAGAGUAGCUGAAUGUAUAUCAUGCAGUUAGUAUAAAAUGUUUUUUAAAAGUAUCACGAUAUAUGGCAAUGUAGACAUAGUCUUAGUGGCUCAAACAGACAUCUCUUAGCCAGACUGACCCUUGGUUAAUCUGUAAGUGAAGAGUAAUUAGUCAAUCUAGGCAGAAUAGAUGCAAGCUUGAGGACCAAGUUAGGAGCAUUGCUUUAAUAUGCAUAACUCCAAGAUUGGCGUGUAAUUUCCCUUUCUGUAUUUCAAAUGAAGGAGCCCAUCUUGGGACAUUCAUGUUUAUAAAUGGAUAGAUUGAGAAACAGAGAAGUUAAAUGAUUUAUUUAGACUCACUUUGGGAGUCAUUCCCAGAGCCUAAAAUAAAACACUACUCAAAGAGUCUGAUUUCUCAGUCUCUAAAUCAUGCUCCAAUGGUCUCCAACUAAAAUGAAACUAAUCAAGAAAGGAAAUUCAAAGGGCUUAAACCCCAGACCAACCCAGAAUAAGUGAGGUGAUGAGUUCCUACUAGGUUCCUCAUUCUUUUGGAGAAGGUGUGAACAUCCUAAUGAAGUUUUGGCCAGGCUUCUUUCUAUAUCUGUGCACAUACAAAGCCUUUACUCUUCAGAGGAACCAAACGACUCUGAUUUCCCUUCUGUGGGAUUCAGUAACAGUUUUAGCUCUUCGGUGCAUUGCAUUAAACAACUAGCACAAGAGAACUGUCAUUUACCAGUUUCUGUGGUAUAAAUACUCUCAAAGUAGCCAGUUUUAAGCUACUAACUUAAUUUCAACCAGCUGAAAAUACAACAGUGUUUUCAAGAGCCAGGAUGAGCUGGCUUUACAAUGAGUCGCCUCCAGCACAGCACUGUCUAAACAAUUUCCCAGUCAGUGAGUAGCAAAUAGAAGAGGCUAGCAGUGCCUUUGGAGGGACACCCAAGUGCCCCUUUCCCACAGGGAAACAUUUUCUGCCUUGGACAGUUUUGCUAAUUUUUAGUAAAAGACUAUUGUCUGGGCUGAGGAUGUAUCUCACAUGGUUGAGCACUUGCCUAAAAGGCGUGAAACUCUGGGUCCAGUCCUAAGCACCACACACAAAAAAACUUCAUAGACAUAGAGAUGGAGAUUUAGAUAUAGAUCAUAUAGAUACAGAUUUUAAACUAUCAUCCUAAAGGUUUCAAAAUAUAUCCUGUCGGGAACCUCUCAACAGCUUCCUCAGUACCUUAGAUUAUCAGCAAUGGUUUUUCUAAUUUCAGUGACCUUCCAAGUACAUAAAUAAUCUCUAACUUAACUGCCAGUUGAAACUAUGUUUGGUUGAUUUCUUUUUUCCAGUACUAAGGAUGGAACCCAGAGCCUUCACACUGAGCCACAUACCCAUCCAGUAUUUUUUUUAAGAUAGGGUCUUGCUAAACCAUGAAGUUGCCCACGCUGAGCUCCUGAGCUCAAAUUUGCAAUCUUCCUGCUUCAGACUCCUAGAGUAUUGGAACUAUAGGCUUGGAUCACCAUGCACAACAUCUUCUGUCUUUUUAAUCCUGUAGCCCACUGCCUGUUUCCUCAGUUCUGUAGUUUACCCCAUCCACUUGUUCAUCUUCCUUCUGACAAAGCAUGAAAUUCACAGACAUCCAUAAAACAGUUCUACAAUGGCACAGAGAUAAAACAAGACAUUUACUCAGCUUAGCUGGUCCCAUGUGCCUGCAGAGGCCCCGUGAUUUGUCUGUACCCCACCAACGGACCCUCAGCAGCCGCCAUUUCAUCAUGACUGAAAUCUGCAUACGCAUGCAGCAGUCUCUUCCCUUAGAAAAGUAAUUAAUGAUAAAAAAAAAAAACAAAUUACUACUGAACUGGAACACCUUUGGGCAAUUUAAGUGGCCAUACUGUGUAGAGCAAGGUGUCAGACAGUGCUCUGCACUUAGCUAAACUAGUAUAAAGCUAUAUCUGGAAAAAAAAAUAUCCACAAUCAUGUGGCCACAAAGUCCUCUGGCACUGAGCAGGAACGCAGCUGUCCUCCCUCACCACUGGUGAUGAGUGGACAGCUACUGAGUGUUUAGAAUUCAGAUGUCCUGGCAAUCCACAGAACAUGCUUGCAAAUUAAAAGUCUUUCUGAUGGAAAUCAUUCUGAAGUGGGUGUAAUUAAGUCUUGUGAAAAGCAAUGCUGGGGAAAAAAUACUUAAUUCCUCAGACAUAGUGAAUGGCCAUAGGUGUUUGUUCUGCAUUAGUGAACCAAAAUUAGAUCAUGAAGGACCAAAUCUACUUUCCUUGCUGUAGUAAAAUAUCUUGCAUCUUUUAUAAGGCAUUUCUACACUGUAAAUGUUUAAAACUCAAGUUGAACAUUUUUUAUACAGUAUUAUAUUUAAAAGACCAGGGCAUACCUCUGUUUUCUGUUCUUAACAAUCACUGAAAUUAGCUUGUUUUUCUAUACUGAGCAAGCAUGUUUUGUUUUAAAUGAGUCAGGUAUAUGUUUGAGUUUUUCUCUGUUUCCAAAAAGUUUUAUGUAACAUGGGCACAAAGUAUAUUUUUUCUUUCUCUGGCUGUUCCUGAUGCCAAAGAGAUAAAAGUCCAUAGCUACAAGCACAAGAGACUUGGCAAGUAGGCCCCACUUUAUUAUGAACAAAUUUCCAGCAAAACCAGCCAUGUGGAACUAGCCAUGAUCAUAUUUUUAGCUAGGAAUAUAGCUAGGAAAUAUUUAUAGCUAGGAAAAAUUGGUAGACAAUAAGAAAGAAAUUUGGUCAGCAUAUAUAGGUGGAAUGAAGUCAGUAGGGCACUUAGAAAAUGGAGAGAGAGCGGUUUCCCUUGAAAUACAAAAUCUAGACCAUUUUGUAAAACUUAAAGUAACUGUACUUCACAUUACAACUGCUGUUCAACCAAGAUCAGAUCUGCAGCAAAGCAGAUUUACAGCAAGACCCCUAAGAAGGAUUCAUGAUGGGUCUGGUCUCAAUCACCAAGCAUCAGUAAUUAGCACUGAAAUUCUCCCA